AUGUCCGACUGCACAGAGGUCACCGCAGAUUGCCCCGUAUCAGGGACCAUCUACGGCUACGCCCCCAACAUCGUCGCAAGCUAUGCAUUCUGCAUCAUCUUCGGACUGUGUGCCUUGACACAACUCGUUCAAAUGAUCAAAUGGCGCAUGUGGUCUUUCGGAAUCGCCGUUAUUCUCGGAGCUUCAUCCGAGGUCAUCGGCUAUAUUGGUCGCAUAAUGCUUCACAAUAACGCUUAUUCCUCCGCCGGCUUCGAAACACAGAUCUGCACACUCACAAUGGCCCCCGCAUUCUGGUCCGCAGCCAUUUACCUAACCCUCAAGCACGAAGUGAACGUCCUCGGCCCUAAAUUCUCACCUCUUAAAGCCAAAUGGUACCCCUACAUCUUCGUGUCAUGCGAUCUCGUCUCGUUGUCCUUGCAAGGUGCCGGUGGUGGUCUCGCAGCUACCGCAACCACACCCAAGGGCAGCGCGAUGGGAAGUAACAUCAUGAUGGCUGGAAUUGUGUGGCAAGUUGCUACGCUUUUAGUGUUUGGAGGUCUCUCGGUGAUAUUUUUCCUUCGGGUUAAGGCUACGCCCAAGUAUCAGCUUUCUGCGGAGGCUCAGAGGGUUUGGGAGAGUAGGCUGUUUUGGUUCUUUUGUGCUGGGAUUGUGGUUUCGUAUAUGACUACUUUUGCUCGUUGUGUCUACCGUAUUGCGGAGAUGUCAGGUGGCUGGAGGAAUAAGAUCAUGCAAGACGAAGUGGGAUUCAUCAUUUUUGAGUCUGCGAUGUGUGCUGUGGCUGUGGUUGUCCUCUGUGUCGCUCAUCCCGGGUAUUGCUUUGAGCAGAUGCGCGCAAGCUCGCCUCAAUCGACCGCGGAAGACACCAUCCUACUCGAGCAAAAGACUGAGUACAACGGCAGUCAACCAAGUAUGGCAUAG